UGCGCGCCGCGCUGUUUUCGGAGCGGAAGGAAGAAGCGUGCCGUGAGCUGAGCGGUGUGGGGCCCGUGAGUGGAAUGUCGGGCCCCUUUGAGGAGCGGAGCGGGGCGGUGCCCUGCGCGACGCCCUGGGGCUGCUGGUACCAGACUCUGGAGGAGGUGUUCAUCGAGGCGCAGGUCCCGCCGGGCACCCGGGCGAAGGACAUCCAGUGCAGCCUGCAGAGCCGGCACCUGGCGCUGGCCGUGCGCGGGCAGGAGCUGCUCAAGGGUAAACUCUUUGACUGUACAAUAGCUGAUGAAGGGACAUGGACGUUAGAAGACAGAAAAUUGAUACGUAUUGUUCUAAUGAAGACAAAUAGAGAUGCUGGAAAUUGUUGGACCUCUCUGUUAGAAAAUGAGUAUGCUGCUGAUCCUUGGGUACAGGACCAGAUGCAGAGGAAACUUACACUGGAGAGAUUCCAAAGAGAGAAUCCUGGCUUUGACUUCAGUGGGGCAGAAAUUUCUGGGAACUACAGCAAAGGGGGUCCCGACUUUUCCAAACUUGAAAAAUAAACUUUUCAGCUGUGUUCCAAAGAACCAGAGAGAAAUUCUGUGUUAAACUGAAGGAGUGGAAUAUGUCAUUGCUAAAGACUUCACCUGUCUACAGAAUGAAUGUCAUCAAAUACUGUCUCUGUGGAUAGUUUACAGAGGAUUCCUUUCAGUAGGAUCAAGGCAAACAGCAAAGCUAGAAGCUCAUUUUUAAAUGUGUGCUAACUUUGAUAUUAAUGAAAAAUAUGCACACAUGAUAAAUGUACUUUAAAGGUGUCAUGACUGUUUUUAAGCAGUAUGGAUUUGUGUAAAUAUUCCACAGUAAAGUGAAAGAGGCACAGUUAUAGAAUGCUACAUAAAUGUCAGCACUCAUCCUCCUGUGGAGAAUUAAUCCUACAGGCAAGCCACUUACCAUUAUCCUUAACUUUGAAAGACCUAUAUUUUUCUAAAUUUUAAAAAUGUACUUUUGUAGCUCUCACUUGGUUAGCAGCCCUCUGAUGUGUGUUAGUAAAUUCAAUUUUAAAACCCCAGUGGCAGAAACAGGAAUAUUACUCUUAGAUACAGAAAAUAAGUUUUGACAUUUUAGUGUUGUGCCAAAUGUUGCUGAAGGACAAACAGCAUGGUAGCAGGAAGUCAAAAGGUUUAGGUUGAAGCCUGGUUUCCAGUACUCGUAGGUCUACUUACAGUAUAGUAACUUCAUAUUCUUUGUGGGACGAGAAGAGGUUUUGGUUUCUGAUAGGGUGGAAUACUUUGCCUGUAGGAUGCUGUGUACUUAGAACUUAAAACUUUUCUUUUAGAAUUUAAAAAACUUCCCAUGUGAGAGCUACCAUAUUGUACCUCUUCCUGACUAACACACUGAACAAAAUGUUGACUUACAUAUACCAUUGUGCAUGAAAAUAAAUGUGCAGUUAUGCAUUUUUAUUGUUCCUAUUUAGUGUACAGUUUGAAUUUAAGAAUAUAAAUUUUAAUUACAGGUUUUGGCUGGAGCUUGACUACUUCAUAUUAUGUGCUUUAUAUGAAAGUUACAUAUUUUAAGACUUUCCUAAUUUAAUUCUUAAUGUAGCCAGCAAAGACUGAGUAUAUGUCCAACAUAUAUUAUUACAAAAGCCAAAUCAUCUCCCUAUUUAAAAGAGUAAGAAGCCUGCAUCAUGCUUUGUGCUGUUAUGCAUGUUUACAGAUAGACCAGUUCCAGCUGUGAAUUCCAGAAUAGAGGUCUUUUCAUUGACAAUGAUCUGCCAGCAGCCACCAAUCCAUUAAAAUCUCAGGCUUAAUUAAGAGUGUCAGCUGAUCAAUAGCUAUGGGAGUACAGAGGAAGGAGUGAGUGUAGGGUGCAAGAACCUAAUCCAUUUGUAAAAUACUCUCAAUCCCUUCCAUUACACCUAGAAGCAAAUAUAGUAAAGUUACUUUCUUGUAACACUCCCUGAAACCAUAUCAAACCUCCCAGCACAGAGGUCAGCUGUUACCUGCUCCACUGGGCUGGGAUAGCAUUUAAUUUCUGUAGAAUCUAACUUUUUCAUUUUAUAGAAGAGGUUCAGACCUCUGAGCUGUUAUUACAGGGAAGAGGCUAGAUAUCUCACAUUACCACUAAUUUCACUAGUGCGUUAAUCCAAAGGCUGAGAUUCUAAAAAUGUCCAGCUAACUAGUUCUUAUUUCUGACAAAUAGCAUGAGAAUUGAGUAUGGCUGUAUGGACAAAUCCAGGGCAAAGAAAGAGGAUGGAAAAAGGAAACUGAAAGGCAAAAAGUACCUGGUCUGUGAGGUGAACAUUUUGUGCCAGCAAGUGACAGUGAAUGCCACAAUGGUACAAAUAAGUUAACUGAAAGUUUAGUUGAUAUGUAAAGAGUUUGUGCAAACUGCCUAUUUAUAGCAGUAGUACUAAGUAGGAUUUCUAGACCAUCAUUAAAAAUGGAAUUCUGUAUUCUCCA